AUGGAACCCAUCGUGCCUGGUAGUAUAUUGCACCAAGUCUCAGCCCCCAAAGCCACAAUUGGUUACAAGUAUGUACAUAUUGAUCGCACGACCAAACAAGUACAAGAAGCAGAACCUUUUGAUCGAACACCUGAUGAUAAUGAUAAGGAUGAUGAUGGUGAUGAUAAUGAUGGUUUGAAUGAAUUCUAUGGUCGAUCUUGGACUCAUCGUACUGUUAAAACAUUUAAUCCUGUGGAUGCGUUUCCUCAAGCUUAUAAUCGUCGACCUGCUCCCAUUUUACAUCCUGACAAUGAAAUCCCUACUUUCCAUAUUCAAGCCCCACAAGAUGAUAUUGAUCGAUUACAUGGUUACUAUUUACAAGAUAUUGAUAUCAAGGCAAACAUCACUUAUAUCACAUCAACAGAUGCACUUCAUUUUGCUGACACCAAAUUGAAGUUGAGUGGUCGUAGUACAAGGCUGCUUACCAAACUUUCCUAUAGUAUCAACUUACCCAAAAAGUCAAGCAUCGACGGUUACCGCAAAAUAAAAUUAAGAGCUUGUGGCACGGAUCCUUCUUAUAUUCGUGAAAAAUUGGCGUAUGAUAUGUUAUCAGCCGUCGGUCGACCUGGUGCAAGAAAUAAUUUCAUUCGUCUUUUUAUUAAUAAUCGUGCUGUUGGUUUGUUUCUAUUAGUGGAAAGAUAUGAUGACAAUUGGCUUCAGAAUGAAUUUGGCUCUGGUAAGACCUCUUAUGAAAACGGUAUCUUAUAUCAAGGGGAAGGAAUGCAACGUGACAACCGUCAUGCCGCUGACCUCAGUUUUCAUGGAAACGAUCCUACCUAUUAUCAAUCAAGCGCGUACAGUGUAACUGAAAAGCCUAAGGUAGCAACAGAUAACUUGGACGAAGAUCUUAUCUCAUUUACCAAAUUUAUUGAUGACCAACUUAAACUUGAUAAACGAUCUGUCAAUUCGAAUACUACCGUCAAUGCAUGGAAUGACCAAAUAGAUAUCAAUGGCUACUUUUUAAAUUUGGCUAUGGACUUUUUGAUGGGUAACUUUGAUAAUUAUGUGCAAAACACCAACAACUAUUUUCUGUACAAGGAUCCAAUCAAGAAACGAUUUAUAUAUAUCAACUGGGAUAUGGAUAUGGUACUGGGUAGUGGACCUGUAGCAUUACGGCAACUUAUCAAGGGAGAUUAUCACCAAUACAAGGGGAUUGAUCUUCGACCAUUGACCAAAGCCAGUUUGGCAGUACCUCAGCUUCGUCAAGUAUUUGAAUCGCAAUUGGCCAUCGUGGUGCAACAAGUAUUCCAUCCCAACAUUAGUUUCCCUGUCAUUGAUUCCUUGGUGGCAUUCCUUCAAGAAGAUAUUCAAUGGGAUCAAUCUCUACCUCGGAUGCGACAAGGCAUCAACUUUGUCCCCUUUGGUCCUCACAACAUCGAUAAUUGGUUCCAUAACAACUCCACUGGCAAUACCGUCUCCUUACCUCUCACCAUUGAUUUCAUCGUUGCUGCUGAUUAUCUCAUCCGCGUUAAUGAAGAUAUUCCUUUUCAACGUGCCAUCGAAGGUCCUAUACAUCACUCUAGUCUGUAUCCUCUCAAGCUCUGGUUCAGCAAGAAAACAAAUAAUGUCUUAUCUUUUAUCUCUUCUUCUUCUUCAUUGUUCAGUUAG